AUGCAACCUGACUACUCCGACGACUUCAAGUUCGCCUUGAGCCGCAUUGGGGAGACCCAUUGGGACUGCACCGUCGUCUGCCGCGAAGCCACCUUCAAACUCCACAAGCCAGUUCUCCAUUUACACUCACCAGUCUUCGCCAAGAAGUUCAGUGAGCAGUGGGAAAAUGUCUCUGCAACCCCAGGUGUCGCGAAUCUUGACGACGAUGAAGACAUAGACGUGCUUCGGGCUAUGUUCGACUUCUUCUACAAGUUUGAGUAUGAUGUGCCCACCUCUGUUACCUCGAAACAAGCAUUCCACGUCAAAGUCUUCAGGACUGCCGACAAGUACGGAGUGAACUCUCUCGCAAAUUAUGCCCAUGAGAUGGUUGACGAUUUUUGGGAGGUGGGCAGCUGGAGCAUGCAUGAUUUCAAGGAGGUUGCUAAUAUCCUCGACGAGAUGGAAACUGUGCCUGCAGCUGGGCCACUGAAAGACCUUGUGGUACCGAUGAUGAAGGAAUCCAUUGGGCAGUUGGUGAAGAACCCGGAAUUCCAAGACUUCACGGGGGAACAUCCGGACUGGCUCAGUGACGUCUUGGGCACUGUCGCAUCCGACCUUGACGAGCUUCGCAGGUUCCAGAGCGGGCGUUAA